CUCCAUAAGAAUUAAACACUGUUGAGAAAGACUGUUAGUUGUGCAGCUCAACCUCAGCAACUUUAAAGAUACGGAUUUCAACUCCCGAUUUACCGGUUGCGGAAUUCUGGGAGUUGAAGCCCACCUAUCUCAAAAGUUGCCAAGUGUGCAAAAGUGAUAUAUAAGGGCAUCCCAAUGUUAGCGGCUUUAGCAGCUCUUUGCAGAAAUCUGGAAAUCCCAGUGCAAUUUUUAAUAAAAGUAUUUAAAAAAAAAAAAAAAGCAACACCGCUGGAAUAUGCAAGGAUUUUAGACCGCCCUGGUGGAGCCAUAAAAAUGCAAAAUAAGCCACAGAGGAAAACUCAGUCCCUCAAACUAGCAGGAUCCCAAAAAAAGGGCAAGGCAAAUGAUUUCUAUCUGCAAGGCAGAUUCUUGAUAAUUUAUUUCUUCCCCCCCCCUCUGGCUCUUUAAAAUAGUUCGCUCCCCGCUUAUUGUCGCGGGCCACCAAUCUCGGUGGGCGAGUCUAAGUGUCAAAAAUGGGGGGGGGAGAGAAUCUGAAGAAGCCAGCCAAAUUCUGGAACCUCAUCCCUUCCUCGAGCCCUCCCUAAUCCCGGCCGAGUCUCGUGACGUCACUUCCGUUCUCUCCACACGACGCCACAGCCCGCUUCAGGGUUGGAGUUUAGAGGGACCGGAAGCUCUGUUACCGUGGCAACAAGAUACCCGGGCGCCCUUUCCGUCGAUUACUUCCGGGGUGGCUGGUCACCUAGGCAACGGACAGCUGGCGGAGGCUUGCUGGGAGCUGAGGCGCCAUGGCGGAGGUGACGGCUCGGCCGACUGCAUCAGCAGCAGCAGAACUUCCCAGAGCCAGAUCAGGAAGAGGGCCCGACCUUCCCAUUCUGGAGAAGAGGAACUGGCUGAUCCACUUGUACUACGUCCACAAAGAUUACGAUGCAUGUAAGAUUGCUAUCAAAGAGCAACUGCAGGAAACCCAAGGAAUGUGUGAAUACGCCGUCUAUGUUCAAGCUUUGAUCUUUCGCUUGGAAGGAAAAAUUCACGAAUCUCUGGAGCUUUUCCAGACUUGUGCUAUUCUCAGGCCUCGAUGUGCAGACAACCUCAAGCAGGUGGCCCGUUCCCUGUAAGUAUCAUUUUAUUCUUCCUAUCUAAGACAAGAGU